ACGGCCAGCUCUCUCUGGGGACAGACAGCCACGGGACUGAGGCGUGGGAUGAGGACUACCAAGUGCCAGCUGCUGGUGACCAGCCUCUGUGUCAUGCUGCUGGGGUUGUCCAUAGCCACGCUGAGCACAGUCACCCACUAUGGCCUCCAUUUCACCCUCAUCAGCAACAUCUCCCUGGAGAGCAAUGCCUACAGGGCCAUCCACAAUGCAGCUUUCUACUUCGGAAUCUGCCUCAGCAUGGCCCUGAUCCUCGCGGCCCUCCUGAGCUCUGCCGCCAUGGUGCGGGAAUCGCAGUGCCUCACCGCCAUGGGUUUUUUCUGUUUUGCUCUGGCCUUUUGUGGAUUGAUCCCAGCUGCCUGCUGGAGGUACACACACAGCACGGAGGUGGAAAACAGCAUGAUGGAUGUGUAUGAUCUUGUGUACGAGGAGGUGAGGAGGAACAUCUCCAGCCUCAGGAGGCACGAGCUGACUGCCAUCCAUGAAGCAUUCCUGUGCUGUGGGAAGCACUCUCCAUUUGGGGACACAACUGACAUCGAGCAGGAGACAUGUCCAAGCAGCAGAGUGCAUGACGCAGGACAGGACUGCCUACGAGAGAUCCAGGACUUCCUGAAGAAGCACAUGGACUUCAUCUCCACACUCCUGGGUGUCACCAUCGGCUUUACGGUUUACGGGAUGAUCCUGACUUCAUUCCUCUGGUUCUCCAUCCACUUCAGUAGCAAUCUGGACCGGAAAGGCAAAUACAUCCUGCGAGAAAGGUAGAAACCCUCUGCCUGCGCAUCCCUACCAGGCUGAGCUGGCUCUUGGCGCAGGGAGAUGUCUGAAGUCACCCACAAAAUCCCCCAGGAAGGCAUUGCGUGGGGACAGGCAGUGGGACGUGUGUCCCACCUUUCCCCUUCCUGCACUAUGAGCUGUCCUACAUUUCUGAACAGGCCAGAGUGGACAAUGCUCUGUGGAGGAGCCGUCCCACACCUUCACUGAAAACGGCAGAGGGCUGAGACAUGCACCCAGGCUCGGAGAUAUGGAUCGGCUCACUGGGGAAUGUUGUUAAGUCCACAAGCAGGACACAAACAGCCCCUUAGGACAACAGAGAAAAAAGCUCAGCAAAAAUCACAGUGUUAAGCCAAACUUCUGUUGUGCUGUCAGCUGAACCAUUGCUAUGACCCCCAAAGAUGCAAUGUUUCUAGGAAGAGGGCUUUGGAUCAUGGCCCAGGAUCUCCUGCUAUCGGCAAAUACACGGACACAGAGCGUGUCAUUGAUGUGACUUUCAUGAUUAGCUUUGGGCACCUUUCUGAUCACUAUCAAGUAUGCAGGCAUCCAGUGACCCUUGGCUGUGUUUCUCCUCUCAUCAAAUAUUGCCAAAUUUACAGAGCUUUUUGGUAGAGAUCAAGGAAAAAAAAAAAAUCAGAAAGCAGUGCAUGAGCUUUGAAACGAAUAACCAGCACAGGGACACAUCCUUCUGUUAUUCCUCCUUGCUAAUGCAAUACACCAUUAUUUUUUUUUAUUCUUAGAAUUUGGUCAACCUCCUAGAGUUUGAUGCUACACUGAUUUCACAGGAGCUUAUUCAACUUCCAGCUUCAGCACUGUGUGUCUCUAGCUUCACUGACUCACUGCGCUGCUGUGCAAUACAAAAGGACUUUGAUAUCACACGUACAUGCAGGACUGAAGUUUAAAUCUAUAAGAGAACAGGACUGAUCUCCAGCCAGGUCAAACAAUACAAUGUCCAGCUCCACGUCCUCUUUACAUCACCUUAUCAACAAUAAAUAGACUUUUUUUAAAGCUUCAAUCAUCUGAAGAACUCUGCUCUCAGUCUAGCUCAGAGGAUGGCUCCCUGGUGUGCUUUGCCCUUAUUGCAAGGAGGCAGAGCUGCUUCUGAGCUGAAACCCGUCACUGCAACAGAUUGAGCACCUGCUGGAAAACCUGAUGUAAACUAUAUGGCUAUGUGAAAUGUCUGUUGAACCAACAACAGCUUUCACCCUUCUUCUUCAUUGUGGCUUUUAGCCAUAAAAACCACAAGUAGCAAUUGUUCAUUGAGAAAAGUAUGGAAUCCCCUAUGUUGGUGUUCAGGACAGGUCCUGGUCCUCAGGCAGGGGCUGCAAUAUGUACAAGACCAGCAGUACAGCAUGCAGCAUCUGGUCAGAAUUUUCAAAUGGCUGCAAAUAUCCUGCAUUGGAAAGAAUUGCAUUGAAGGGGCAGGAAAGGGCUGUCGCUCCCCAUCCCGCUCCCGCAGAACCCACAGACCUUCACCACUGAUAUCACCAGAAACAGCAUCAAGUUCAGACUGCUCCAGAGUAUUACUCAAGCUACCUCCUGGCAGUUACCAACACACCUUGGUCUAAGUAGGUGUUUAGUGGUGAUAUACACUAGCCAACAUACCCACUUUCUAGCAGAGGGGAAAGAUUAACUUGUAUAUAUAUGAGUAUUCUUAAGUUUAUUGCUCUCGAGAAAGAGACAAUCUCCCUUGUGAGCUCCAGCUGCUGCUGGCUAGGCCACUGCUAUUGUUGUUCGUCAGGCCAGCUGGCAGCUCAUAUGACUCAUGGUUGCUUCAAUAAAGAUGAAUUUCUUGCAAAAGGCUAUCAUUCCUUCUCUUCCUGCCCUGCAUGAAGCUGCCUGCAUUGCUCAAGGGGUUGCAUCAUGGAGAGCCCUCAGUAAUUCCUUCAGUGCUGGGAAGAGAUAUUCCCCAAGCAGCUGACACUCUCCCAGCAGUGUGUCUGAGUUCCCAGAAGGGAGAGGAUGGCCUUGGUCCUUGGGAGGAAAAGGAGAUACUCAUGGGCCUCUUCCUCCCCUCAGCCAGCUGCUGGGGCAGCAGGCACGUACCUCGUGAGGAGUAAUGAAAGCAGGGCAGGAAAAAAGCUUAAGGACACAUUUUAGCAAGACCAGAGUAUUUAUAUGAAGUAAAUUUCUAUGGUUACACUUUUUUAACCACUAGGUAGUCAGGUCUUACCCACUGUUCUGUAUUGGCAGGACAACUGAUGAGGUUCUGCCAUAUCAAAAUAACUGGAGAUUGAGCAAAUUCGGAGAAGCAUGCGUUAUCAGUGUGGAUUACCUGCCUCAGCCUCGUCAACUCUAAAGU